AUGGGUUUACCAGUCAGCAAGAUCGCAUCCUACUUUUCUCGAAAAGAGGAUGUGCGCGUACUUAUGUGGGGUCUCGAUGCAGCUGGUAAGUUUGUUUUUAUGUUUCUAUUACUGAUUUAUUUUUUCUCCAAAUCAGGUAAAACGACGGCUCUCUACGCCAUGAAGCUAGGUGAAGUCGUGACAACGAUUCCUACGAUCGGUUUUAAUGUUGAAACAGUUGAAUUUAAAAAUAUCAAAAUGACAGCUUGGGAUGUCGGUGGUCGCGACAAAAUUCGACCCUUAUGGCGGCACUAUUACCAAAAUACUAAAGCCAUCGUUUUUGUUGUCGAUUCAAAUGAUCGAGAGCGAGUAAAUGAUGCUUCUGAACAGCUGCAUUCAAUACUCAAAGAAGAUGAACUCCGAGACAUACCAGUUCUCAUAUUGGCUAAUAAGCAAGAUUUACCGAAUGCAAUGUCACCUAGUGAAUUAACAGAUAAGCUUGAUUUGGAAAAAUUAACUCGUCAGAGAAAAUGGCAUAUACAAGCGACAGUAGCCACGCAAAAGAAAGGUCUUCAGGAAGGUUUUGAAUGGCUCGGAGAUGCAUUGGUGAAAAAAAAUGUAAAUAUUUUUCAGCCAGUGAUGGAAACAGUAAACGAUUCGAAAGUGAUGAAAGACGAUAUUCUAUCCAUGUUUCAUUCAGCCAGUCUAAAGUUAUUUUUUGCCAAAUUUAUUCAAUAUUGA